CGGGUGAGAGGCCGGUCCCUGUCCUCUGCUCCCGCACGUGCCGCGGCCCCGCCUCACUCGGCCUCGCUCUCCUGGCAGGAUGCUGCUCGCCCGGGCUCUGCGCUCCGCCGCCGCCGCCGCCCUCCGCCCGCUGCCUCAGCGGCUCCCGCCCUCCCCGCUGCUGCGGCCCGCGGCCCUGCUCUGCGACGCCCGCCCCUUCACCCGCAGCCUCUGGCUGCUCAGCGGGGACGCCGCCGGCACGCAGCGGCCGGGCCUCCUGCGGCCUCCGCGAGCCUCCCCCGCCGGCGUGUCCUGCGGCUGCGGCGGCCUCCACACCGAGGGGGACAAAGCAUUUGCAGUGUUUCUGACAGAUGAAAUUAAAGAGGAGAAGAAGAUCCAGAAACAUAAAUCCCUGCCCAAGAUGUCUGGAGGGUGGGAGCUAGAAGUGCAUGGCACUGAAGCGAAAUUGUUGCGGAAAAUAGCUGGUGAGAGGAUUACAGUUACAUUCAACAUUAACAACAGCAUUCCACCAACAUUUGAUGAAGAACCACAAGAAGGACAGAAAGCUGAUGAACAGGAGCCUGAACUUACAUCAACUCCUAACUUUGUUAUAGAAGUAACAAAAGAUGACCCCAAACAGACUCUUGUGCUUGACUGCCACUAUCCUGAGGAUGAGAUUGGACAUGGGGAAGAGGAGGAGAGUGACAUUUUCUCAAUUCGGGAGGUCAGCUUUCAGCCCACUGGAGAAUCAGACUGGAAGGACACCAACUACACUCUCAGCACAGACUCUCUUGACUGGGCUCUGUAUGACCACUUAAUGGAUUUCUUGGCUGACCGAGGAGUGGACAACACAUUUGCUGAUGAGUUAAUUGAGCUCAGCACUGCACUAGAGCACCAGGAGUACAUUAGAUUCCUUGAAGACCUUAAAAGCUUUGUCAAAUGUCAGUAGAUUAGGAAAUUAAAAGUCAAAGCCUGCAAAUGUGGAUAUCCUGUAGCAGUGCUCCUACCUGCAGCUGAUACCACCAGUAAGUUUAAAACUUCAAAGUGGGAUAAACACAUCAUGGAAAACAAAAUGAUUCUCAGUGAUUGCAUUUCAAAUUUAAUUUAUGUUGCAGCUUGGAUUUUAAGUUUUGUGUCAUGCUCACACCUCCCACCAGUUUGGGUAUUUUUGUACAAUUAAGAAAGAUGAUAUGACAUGAAGAAUAAAAUCCACUCAAGAAAAAACCUUUCUUUUGGCUUUACUGUUGCUGGUUAAGAAGUGCUGUAGAUUGGUCAGAGGCAAAUACUUAGGUGGAAGUCAUAGCUGCCUUUCUGUGGGUCAUGGGGAAGUUGAGUUCUUAAAAUUCAGACUGCAUUUUAUUUAUGGUAGUAUGUAAGAUAUUAGACUGUUAAACUAAUUUGCCUUAACACAGAAGGUGAUUAGAGACAGGAGCGGAAGCAUCUUGUUUCUAGGUGAAUAGUUCAGAUCUUAUCCAGACUGAUGACAGAGCUGCCAACACUGACUUUCAUCUUGUAGGAGUUGGUUUCUCAGGCCACUUCCUAAUGGUUAGAUACCUGCCUGACAAAUCUUGCAGGCAGACUUAUGCACUGUGAAAAUGCCGCUCCCUUGCCCUUAUUCCUCAUAUUUGGAUAUUUAGAAUCCACUGAUGCCAACUAUGAUAUAGUAAAACUAGGCUCGCUGGAUUAAUUUGACUGCACCCUUGAAAGGAAAUUCUGAUCACAGGAACUAGAUUGAGUUCCUGACAACUUGGAAGGCCCAGCUCAUAUUGGUUAGUUAAGCAUGCAUGGACUAACUUUUGUAGUAUUUCAGAGGAGCACUACCCUUUCUAUCAGUUUUUCUUUCACAUGUUAAAAUUGAAA